AUGACUAUAGAGUUCUUUGUGCUGUCAAAGGCACAGAAGUGGCGUGCGGUGGUCAGUGCUUCGGCCAGUUUGUCGGCUUUGAUACUCAACGCCGUGACGCGCAUCUGUCCAUCUUCGAUGGAAUCGGGACGAUUCCGCAAUUCCUGUGAGAAAGAAAAUGGGAUUGGGAAUGGGAAUGGGAAUGGGAAUGGGAAUGGGAAUGGGAAUGGGAAUGGGAAUGGGAAUGGGAAUGGGAAUGGGAAUGGGAAUGGGAAUGGGAAUGGGAAUGGGAAUGGGAAUGGGAAUGGAUAUGGGUAUGAGUAUGAGCGAUUUUCGGGUUGCUAA